AUGGCGACCUUCAUCACCGAUCUCAUGCAGUCCAUCUUCACCCCCGGGCCAACGCAUACCCUCCUUGUCGCAACCAACGUCGCAUUCGCAUGCCUCCAAGCUACGCUAGGGCUUCUUCUGAUCGCAACGUACAGCAUCCACUUCCUCAUCCUGUCAUUCUUGUGCGGCGGUCUCUGGUGGGCUAUCAACUGGUUCGUGGCCGAGUUACGCGCCGCUGAAGCCGAGGAGGCAGAGAAGAAGCGAAGACUCGAGGAAAUCGGAUCGGAGGAUGAUAGCAGCACGGAGGCGGAAACCGUGAUAGAAUCUGGGAAUACCAAGUCUGGGAGUAAGGAGGUCGAGCCGGUUGCGAAGGUUGGAGAGUUGAAGGGUCGUGGAAGCGCCGCGGGAAGUAAAUCGGAGCAUAGCACUGAGGAUGAGUGGGAAAGGGUUUCGGAGAAUGAGAAGGACAAGUGA